AUGUCAUCUCCAAGUCGUCUAACGAGAAUUUACCGCGCAACCUAUUUCCAGGCAGUCCUUAUUGGAUUUUUAUCUUUCACUCAACCUGGAAUAUGGAGUGCUAUUGCAGGCUUGGGUGCCGGUGGUUUGCAGAGUGUAACCACUUCCAAUUCUGCAAGUGCCAUUCUCUUCGCAAUUAUGUUUUUCUUCUCGCCUGUAUUCGGUAUCUUGAUCAAUAAAUGGGGAAUCAAACCUAUUAUUAACAUCGGAACAGUUGGUUAUGUUUUCUGGUCUGCUGGUCUUUAUAAGAACUCAAAAGACGGUUCUCAGGCUUUAAUAACUGCUGGUGCUACGUUGUGCGGCAUAUCUGCAGCAGCUUUUUGGACCGGUGAGGCUACCGUCGCCAUCUUAUACCCGGAACAAAACCAAAGAGGUUUAUUUAUUGGUACUUGGCAAGUUUUGAAUAAAAUUGGUGGCUUGAUCGCUGGUGCUAUAUCCCUUGCUUUAAACAUCAACGAUGACGAAAGCGGCGGUGUAAGCUUGAAUACUUAUGUUGUUUUGUUAUCAAUUCAAUGUUUAGGAUUCCCGGCAUCAUUUCUUUUGUCUCCACCAGAAAAAGUUAUAAGAAGUGAUGGCACUAAGCUUAUUUCGAAUGUGCGUCAUAAGACUCUCAAAGAGGAAGCUAGAACCUUCCUCAAGGUUUUAAAAAGAAAAGAAGUUCUUGGUCUUGCUCCAUUAUUUAUCUCAGUCGUUUGGUUUAACUCUUGGCAAUCCAAUUAUAUUACGAAUCACUUCAGUGUCAGAGCUAGGUCAUUGAAUUCAUUGUUAUCGGCGUUGAUUGGCGGAGCGACUGAUAUUGUUGCUGGCCAGUUCCUUGAUACCAAGUAUAUUCGUAGAUCUCUUAAAGUUAAGGGAUCAUGGGUACUUGCCGUUGCAUUGAUGACUGGAUUUUUCAUCUACUCCUUGGUGCUUCAACACGAAUUUGAUGUAAACCCAGAAGAAGGGAUUGAUUGGAAGGGAAAUGCCCGUUUUGCAAGGGCUUUCAUUCCAUUCCAAAUUUUCAAAAUUAGUGGUGAAUUUAUCUUCAACUGGACUUAUUGGGUCAUUGGUGCCUAUCAAUUCUCAUCAGAAGAAAUUCCACAUGUAUCUGGAAUAAUUAGAUCCUUAGAGUCCCUUGGCCAGUGCCUAGCAUUUGUCAUUACAGUUGUAAACACUAACGAUAUGACCAGCUUGAUAGCUUCAGUCGUUAUAUUUUUCCUCUCCGUCAUUCCUGCCUCAUAUAUUGUGUCACAAGUGACGGACGAAGAAAUAACAGGAAGAGAGGAAUAUGCCAAUGAAGAAUCUGAUUUGGAAGCACCGGCUGAAAAUAUUGACGUGGUGAUUACCGCCAAGGAGGACUGA